CCGGAUCGAGUGCGCCCGACAACCCAGACCUGGAGGGGCCAGCACCUGCAGAGUUUCGCCAGGAGCCAUGCCAGCCCGAGAAGGAGAUGGAAGCAGAGAUCCCAAAGAGGGUCGACCUCCGCACGAGGGAAAGGUUGCCAGCUGGAGAGACGGCUGAAGAAAAGAGGGCGAGAAGAACCAGGCGGAUAGAUGAGAUAUGGCAGGAGAGGCAGAGGUUGGAGGCAGCGGGGGAGCUUCCGGAGCAGCAGAAGGAGAGGCAGAGAUCGGAGGCAGCAGGAGCACUCCCAGGUCAGCCACCCGGCGCGCCAGCUAGGGCCCCGGAGAUCCCUGAGAUGUGGAGGGACUUCUGGGAGCAGAGAGGAGAGGAGCUUCCAUCGCCAGUCAGAGCUGGGUUUGGGAUGGCCAGGAAGGCGGAAGAGAGGUUAGAUCGUAAAAUCAAGUUCCUAGCCAAGACCACUUUUGACCGGCACUUGUUAUUGGAGAGCAAUCUGGCAGGGAAAAAGAUGAAGGAAGCAAGUCAUGGAGUACGCCUGGAGGCUAUGGAGAUGGAAAUCCAGGAACUCAGGGCAUUGGUGGCCAGCCAGGCAGCUAUCAUUGAGAGUCUGAGGCAGCAAACCCAGGGAAAGGUGGACAAGCCAGAGAGCAGCAGGCAGGGAUAGCAGAGGCAGCCCAGACAGGGAUUGCCAGGACAGCCAUCUGCGGCAGAGCCUCGCCACGAG